AUGUGGAACGCCAAGUCUCCAGCCGAGCGGGCACGACUCGAUAGACCAUCAACUCUGGAUCUCCUACAACUGUGCAAGGCGGGAAAGAACGUGGACAUCUUCCGCGCUUUCCUCUACAAGGCCGGGAUCCGCGGUCAUGUGCUAGACCAGUUCCAAGCUCUGCGUAAUGCUGUUUGCCACAAGGCUCCGUUAACGGCACUUUUUGAGAUUACCGGCCUGUUGUUCGUCCUGGGUGCAACAAGCCAGAUGGAGAAGGUGAAGACCUUGAGCAACGGCUUCGCACUCUUUCGCCAGAAGCAGCAGGAGGCCGCCGACACCGUGCCGACCUCCACCUUCACUACCACCUCCACCUCCACCUCCACUACCACCUCCACCUCCAGCGCACCACUUCCGACCUCCGCCUCCGCUAUCACCUCCACCUCCACCUCCACCUCCAGCGCACCACUUCCGACCGCUUCAGGCCCAGCACCCAGCGUUCAGACUUCAGACGCGUCGAACCAGGGAACGACGGUCAAGCGCCUUCAUGAUCCCGAAAACGAUCAGGAUGUGGAGCCGAACACCAAGAGGACGAAGCAUCCAGUGAUCUUUAUCGACAGCGACGACGAAGACGAGGAGGAGGAGCAGGAGAAGAAGGUGGUCAUCUUCAUCAUCGACUAA